UAAGGUUAGGUGUUGAACGAAGAGAUAUAUAGCAUGAGAGAGCGUGGUCUGGUCAUUGUAACUUCAUGUUGACGACCAAUUUCUACCCUAUUUAUAUGAACUUAAGAGUUGGACUCCGGAAUGUUGCUGACAGCAAAGCCUUAAUACAGUCAGAUACAGUCCGGUUGAACCCAGUGAGACAUCUUCAACAAUAUAACCCCUAUUGAAGGAAGCUCCCUACAUAUAUUAUGUAAUCGGAUACUGGAGUCAUCACGUGAAUAGUCUCUUGUCCUUUACAAAAUGUCCCGCCCGGUGGAGUCCAAAAUGCUGACAAAUAUGGAUUGCUUACCAUUCUGAGGUCAUACCCCUGAGAGCUGUUUCAAUUGUUGGUUGGUUAGGCCGAUUCAAAAACCCAAUGUCACGUUCCUAAACCUUUUCAUCUGCUCCGAUCCAAUUUGAAAUGUCCGCAGCCGAUGUGCAAUCUAUCCUGCGUUGCCCGCAGUGCAACAAGCCGUUUGAUAAACGUGAGUUAUGGCGAGAAUCUACUAGGUCGCACCUCAUUUCCUCUUAGCACUAACAAUCUGGCGCAUUAGAGGCCACGUUGAAGAGACAUGGAUAUUACUGUCGAUCUCGAAAAACUGGUAUGACUAUCCGGCCUCGAUCUUGUCUUUCGUGCGCGAAGGGGAAGGCAGGUUGCGACAAUAGGCGGCCUAAGUGCUCAAGGUGCAUAAGCAAGGCUAUCGAAUGCCAUUAUCCAGCGAGCACGCCUAGAGCUACAGGGCCAGGGGCUGCGCGCAGUGAUGAUGCGUCCGUCGAAUCGGGAAACCCGUCUCCUUCAUCAGGGUUAGAUUCUCUCGACGUUGAUACUAACCCUCAGAUCGCAAACAAUAUUAGUGCCAUGAUAAUCGAUGAUGCCGUUGUUCUACCGGAAGACACAGAUUUUGCAAAUCUUGGAGGGGAUUAUGUUGCAUGGGACGAUGCCAGUACAUCUCUCGCCGAUUUUUUGAACGGGGAAGCGAAUGACCCUUACCUUUUACAGGGGUCAUCGUCUUUGGCUCGUCCCUCGACACCUUCGUCUGAUCCGACAAUCCAAAUACAGCAAAGCCUCUCUACUCCUAGUUUUACUAUUCCCAGAAGCCCCAUUUUCUCCGUGCGAUCGCUCGUCCAUCGACCAAAAAUGCAGGCCGGGCCACAAAGAAUAGCGAAUCUCAUCCUCCACACUUUGAAAUCGUAUCCGUUGAUGAUGCUGCGUCACGAUACCCUUCCGCCCUUCAUCCAUCCGAGUUUGGUAUCUCCGGGGGUUGAUAAUGUCCACAUGGAGCCUUUAACAAACUGUAUGUGUUUGACGCACAUGAUUAGUAGCGGGGUCCAGGGAAGCCGAAAGCUAUUUUGGAAAAACGUGCGAAUGGAAUGUGAACGCUUUUAUGCAGAGUAUCUAAGCUUGAGCAAAUGGGAACUUCUUGCAGCUAUGCAAGCCCUCUCGAUAUACAUUCUCAUACGGUUAGAUGAAGGCGAGACGGACCACAACAACGUUGACUUCAUAUUAGUGAAAGCAGUAGCCGUGAUAGCCCAGCAGCUCACUCACAGUGAUGUUACAUGCCAUGCACAGUGUGGGCUAUGCAACAACGAGCUUGAAGGAAGCUGGAAAGAGUGGAUCUUCAGAGAAUCAAGAAGAAGAUUGGGUGUGAUCUACCGAGUGGUGAACAUGCUCAUAUAUUUCGAGCCAGCGGCCAUGUGUGACAUUCCAAAGGACCUCAUUUUAGCACCAUUGCCAGCAAAGAGGCAGCUAUGGGAGGCAGGAGACGAGUUUGUGUGGAAAGCGGAGAGUCAGAGGGAACCGGGAAUUCAAGUCUCCUUUGGAUUGGCGACGGACGGCGAGAUUGUUAAGAUAGAUAGCGGCAGGCUGUCUUGCAGUGAUGCAUGGCUAGAAGAUCAGUCCACAGAUGCCAACAGGCGACUGAGUAGCGCGGCGAGCUGGGAAGAGUGGUGCUCGGGGAUAGAUGGAUUUGGUGGGCUUGUCAUGCUUGCGGCUUCUUUGAUAGUGUGAAAGACUGUGGACACAACUGGCAUGCCGGAUCUAUGAAAAUCCGGCGGUGCUAAAGUGGUUAUUAACGGGAAUAAUUAGCAGAAUGAUGUCGCAUCAAGAAUCUAACGUGAUAUCUAUUGAAAACGAAAACAAU